AUGUCAAGAAGCAAAAAAGCUAAUAUCCGUAUCGACGAUGGGGACCAAGCGCAUCUAAAACUUAUCUUUUCCGAUAUCUGGGGGAAGCUUACGCCUCACUAUGAGUUCGUGGAUUUGAAAUAUUUUAAAGAUAUUGUGUUCUUAGAUCAUUCGAAAAAGAUGAAAGAAAAUGGAGAUUGGUUUCACUUGCUGAACAGUGAUCUUGAGAAUUUCAUCGCGGCUUGGGUUCAAUGGAAUAAGAAGAUGAACACCAGUAUUGUUUUUGAGGCUGAGUCGAACGAAUUGUGGGACGCAAUCAAUCAGAAAGGUUAUUUUGUAUCAAAGAAUGAGGUCUUGAGAUGGAAGAGGGACUGGAUUCUUAUGCAAAGAGACCAAGAGAACGGGAGUGCGAAGAAAAAGGCAGAGGAAAAUUGGGACCAAGAUUCUGACGCAUGGCCUGGAAUUGAAGAUAGCUCUUCAAAUAAGUCUACUAAUGAUGACGAUAAUCUUUCCAAUCAGUCUCAAAAGCCCACUUCUAAUAAAUCAGAUCGCCAAAUCACGGAUUCUGAAGCAGUUGAUCGAUUUUUUGACAGCUUCCCAGAACUGCCGUUGCCACCUUCUCCUCAAGAAAGCCAGAGAGCGACGAGCAAGGGCAGGGAAGAACAUCAAGGAGAGACGGAAGUCGGACAUCAUGUCAUGGACCAGGACGAUAUGACGCAUGGGACUACGAAAAGUUCGUCUAGUGAAUCUAGAAAAGUCCAUCCAUAUGUCUCUAUUCUCCCUCAUGAAAAUAGAUCCCACCAUAAGUGGAUAGAUAAUAGCGGAGCAAUUUCCAAAAGCGAGGCAGAGGAAUUGAUAAAUGUGCAUUUCGAGAUUCAGCUUCAGAGAAACGUGGAAUUUCGAUUCUGGCCAGAACUAGCAAAAGGGAAGGAUAUGACAGCCGACUCCGAAAAAGGGAAAACCACGCUUGCUAGAGCCCAUGAUUUCGUACAAUUUUGGCUUUGGUACUAUAAAGGAAAGGACUGUAGUCCUGGGACCGAAUGGCCUUUACUGAAAUGUCUUGAGUGGUUCAAAAACCCAAAUGACGGCUCUUACUACAACCAAUACCUCAAAUACCGCGCACUCCAAAGCUUUUCAGGUACAUGA